UAUGUGUGUGUGUGUGUGUGUCAGAGGCGGAAGUGGAGUGACAGGUCGACUCCACACAAACAAAACAGGCCCCGGCUGACGCAUGUGAUUUAAAUGUGCCCUGUGCACUCAAGAGGAGAGAGCUAAGGUUGCACAUCGCUUCACCUGGGACUGCCCACAGGCUGUGAUUGGAGGCGUUCAGGUGCAGCAGGAGAGAAACCUGAGAAGCUGCGAUCAGCUCACCUGUGAGCCACGCCCAUCUUUGUCUCCUUGCAGUUUGUGUUGUGUUGGCGUGCGACAGAGAUGGCAGCGGCAACUAUUUCUGUCGAGCAGGACCAGUUCUGUUGCUCGGUGUGCCUGGAGAUUUUGAGGGACCCGGUGACGAUUCCCUGCGGACACAGUUACUGCCUGGACUGCAUCGAGGAUUACUGGAACACAGCCAAGCAGAAGAACCACUACAGCUGCCCUCAGUGCAGGCAGGUGUUCAACCCGCGACCUCUGCUGAGUAGAAACACAGUCCUGGGUGAAGUGGUGGAAAAGUUUCAGCAGAGUGAAUCCUCUCUAGUCGCAGCCCAGCCCUCACUGGCCAAACCGGAGGAGGACGACGUGAAGUGCAGUGUUUGUAAAGGGAGGAAGAGCAGAGCGGUGAAGUCCUGCCUGGUGUGUGUGGAGUCUUUCUGCGCGGCUCACCUGAGAGUGCACGAGGAACGCUUCCGCGGGAAGACGCACAGACUGAUCCCAGCGUCGGGUCGGCUGAGGGAGAAGUUGUGUCCGCACCAUGACAAACUCAUGCGGCUGUUCUGUCGCACGGACCAGCACAGUGUUUGCUCUCAGUGUGUCCGAGAGAGACACAAGGGCCAUGACGCAGUCUCUGCGGCACACGAGAGAACGACGCAACAGAAAAAACUCCAAGAGUCCUCUUUGAAGUCUGUCCUGAAAUUGAAGGAGACAGAGAAGGAGCUGAGGUACAUAAUCAGAUACAUUAAGCACGCCACAGAGGCGGCGGUGGAGGAGAGCGAGAGGAUUUUCUCCAGGCUCAUCCGCUCCUUAGAGAAGCAGAGCAGCGAGGUGACGGAGCUGAUCCGGGUCCAGGAGAGAGCAGCUGUCAGUCAGACCGAGGAGCGGCUGGAGAAGGUGCAGAGGGAGAUGGUGGAGCUGAGGAGGACCGAGGCCGAGCUGGAGAAGCUCUGUCACAAUGACGAUCACAUCCACUUCCUCCAGAAGUGCAAGUCUUUGCAUUUCCCCACAAAGACGGUGGAGACGCCCAGUGUGGACACACUUCCAUAUUUAAUGUACAAAACCAUGAGGGAAGGCCUGGCUGACGUGAAGGACAGUGUGGAUGAAAUAUUCCAAAAAGAAUUCAACAGAGUCUCCGAAAAAGUGAUUUCACUGAAGGAGAGCAGCAAUCAUGGCUCCUCUGAAAAGACCAAAGCAGUUAAAAGUGUGGACAUCCCAUACAACACGGAACCAAAGACGAGAGGCGACUUCUUACAGUAUUACAACGACAUAACCUUUGACCCAAACACAGCCAAUCCUUAUUUGUGCUUCUCCGACGGCCUGAGGGGAGUGACCACGCGCUCAGAGCCACAGCCCUACCCCGAGCACCCGGACCGCUUCACCAGCUGGGCCCAGGUGCUGUGCAGAGCCGGCAUGGCAGGACGCUGUUACUGGGAGGUAGAGUGGACGGGAAACGGAGGGGCUUCCAUGGGCGUCUGCUACAAAAACAUGAGCAGGAGUGGAGGCGGCAGCGAUAGCAAACUGGGGCACAACUCCAAAUCCUGGAGCCUGGACUGUUCCUACUCGCUCUCUUCAUUUCAGCACAACAAGGAGAGUGUGGCCAUCCCAGGUCCCAGCUACAGCAGGGUAGGAGUGUACCUGGACUUUAGAGGUGGGACUUUAACCUUCUAUGGCGUCUCCGACACCAUGGUGUUACUUCAUAAAGUCAAGACUACGUUCACACAGCCUGUAUACCCGGGGUUUUGGAUUGGAUUAGGUUCAAGUUUGAAGCUCAUUUCUCAUUAAACUUAACCUUGUAAAUAAGACAUUUCACUCAGAGUAAUGAAACUGAAAGAUGUGUGUGCUCAAAUCUUUGAUUUAUUAAACCUGGAAGUGAGGAGCAGAACUGUGGAGCUUAGAUCUUGUUGAAGGCAGCUACAUCUACACUCUGGACCUGCAGAGGAAAUAAAAACAACAUGUGUCAACAUCAUGUGCAUGUGAAAUUGUGCUAUUGUGAUGUAAUGUAUCAAACUGUUAUUUAAAAAUCAAAUAAAGGCUUUUAAUGUCA